UCCGUUCCCCUCACCCGGGAGCGGCCGCCAUGGAGGCGGCGCCGCUCUUCUCCUUCGGUGUCAUAGCGGACAUCCAGUAUGCGGAUGCGGAGGACGGCUACGACUUCGGCGGGUUUCGGCGGCGGUAUUACCGGCAGAGCCUUAACCUGCUGCGGGACGCUGUGGAAGCGUGGGCCGCCGAGAGACCGCCGCUCGCCUUCGUGCUGCAGCUAGGUGACAGCAUCGAUGGCCUCAACGCCCGCAGCGGCGAGGCCGAGGGUGCCUUGGAGCAGGUGCUGGCAGCGCUGGGCCGGCUGCCGGUGCCGGUGCAUCACGCAUGGGGCAACCACGAGUUCUAUAACUUCAGCCGGGCCCGUCUAGUGCGCACCGGCCUCAACAGCCAUCCUGCCAGGACCAUGGCCGACCCGCCAGCUGGGGACUGCCAGGCCUAUCACUUCAGCCCGGCUGCACAGUUCCGCAUUGUCGUGCUCGAUGCCUAUGACCUGAGCAUCCUGGGCAGGGAGCCGGACAACCCCCGCUACCAGGAGUCCCUGCAGCUGCUGCGGGAGAAGAACCCCAACGAUAACCUCAACAGCCCCACAGGACUCAAAGAACCUCAGUUUGUAGAGUUUAACGGAGGAUUUAGCCAAGCCCAGCUGGACUGGUUCAAUGAAGUCCUCAAGUUCUCUGAUGAAAACCAAGAAAAAGUUGUAGUUAUGGGUCAUCUGCCCAUUCAUCCAGAUGCCUCAGACAGAGUUUGCCUAGCCUGGAAUUACGAAGAUGCUCUUUCGGUCAUACACUCCCAUCAGUGCGUGGUCUGCUUUCUUGCAGGGCACCUGCAUGACGGUGGCUAUUGUUUAGACUCUCAUGGAGUUCAUCAUCUGACUUUGGAGGGGGUUAUUGAAACUCCACCUGAAAGCAAUGCCUUUGGAACUAUUUAUGUCUAUGAAGAUAAAAUGAUAUUAAAGGGAAGGGGCAGAAUUUCAGAUAGAGUUAUGCAUUUCUUAAAAUAGUAAGCAAAUACAAAUUGCUCUUCUUCAUGAAGUACUCAGAUAAAAAAGCAGGGGAUUCAGCUUAUUAUUUGCUUGUAGAAAGAUGUGCAUGGCUGAUCCUUAGAGCUUUAACUCAAAAAUUUUUCUCUUGGAUACAGAAUUUUAAAAAUUAUGUUUCUGUAAGAAAACAGACCUUGUUUCUUCAUGGA